UUGUCUUGAAAGUGGACCGAACCCAGUCAAUGAACUGAACGAAAGCAGGUGCAAGACAGGGAAUCUAACCAGCAUGGCUCAGAAGCUGCUGCUAAUCGACACAGACUGUGGCAUUGAUGAUGCUGUGGCUAUUAUAGUUGCUCUCGCAGCUCCUGCUGUGAAAGUGUUGGGCAUCACCUGCUGCUUUGGAAACACUGAUGUGGACAAUGUAUGUCAGAAUGUGAUGCGGGUUCUGACAGUCUGUCAACAAACCCAGAUUCCAGUUUUCAAAGGGGCUGCUUGUCCUCUAAUUGGACCUGUGAAAGGAUUUAAAGAUCACUUUGGCACAGAUGGACUUGGAGAUGUUCUGGAGAACUCUGAGAUUUGGAAAGAGCAGAUACAAAAAGAGAACGCUGUUCAUGCCAUGAUGAGACUGGUGAAUGAAAACCCAGGAGACGUAUCGCUCAUAGCCCUUGGUCCACUCACUAACUUGGCUUUGGCUGUUAGAUUAGAUCCCACCUUCCCUCAGAAACUCAAGGACCUGUACAUUAUGGGCGGUAACAUGGAAGGCAAGGGAAAUCUGAUACCAUCUGCGGAGUUUAAUUUUAGAAUGGACGCUGAAUCAGCUUAUAUAGUUUUGGAGGAAUACACCUGCCCAACACACAUCGCAACAUGGGAGUUCACUUGCAGAAACAAACUAUCCUGGGAGUGUUUUGAUGAGAUGGUCAAUCAGGAUACAGCAGCUGCUCGAUUUUUGAAGAAGAUAACCUCCAAGUGCUGGGCCUACUCUAGAGAACCUCGCAACAUCAACAAAGAUGUGCUCUUUGGGAAUGGGUUUGUACCCUACGACGCCUUUGCUGUGGCAGCUUGCUUGGACAGCAGUGUAAUUACAGAGAGUUUAAAGUGCGCUGUACGUGUGGAGGUAGAAGGUCAACUGGGACGAGGGAUGAUGGUUGUGGACGCAGCCAAUACGCUGAAGAAAGACCAUCUUGCCUUUGUGAUGAACACAUGUGAUCUUAAAAAGUUCAGCUUGAUGCUGAAAAAAUCUUUUCAGAUAGCCUAGAAAUACUUGCAAUUGAUUUGUACAAGAUUUCCAUCAAAUGUAGCACACUGUUCUGUUAAAGGGAUAUUUUAAGGAAUAAAUUCACCCAAAAAUGAAAAAUCUGUCAUUUAUUACUCACCCUCAUGUCGUUCCAAAUCCGAGAUCUUCAUUCAUCUUCAGAACACAAAUUCGGGUGAAAUCCGAGAUCUUUCUGACCCUGCUUAGACACCAACACAACUGACACUUUGAAGACCCAGAAAGGAAGUAAGGACAUCUUUAAAAUUAGUCCAUGUAAAAUCAGUGGUUCAACCGUAAUUUUAUGAUGUUACGAGAAUACUUUUUGUGUGUAGAGAAAACAAAAAUAACUUUAUUCAACAAUUUCUUACCUCAUGUGUUGUGACAGAAUUUUCAUUUUU